CCUACUUAUCCUUGUGCUGCAUGCAUGCCUUCCAGCUCAAGCUCAAACAAGUUUCCUCUUCAACAAAUUCAAUGCAUCCACCCUGUAUCAGAUUGGAAAUCCUUCAAUCCGCUCCGGUGCCAUCUGCCUCACCAAUCAAUCACAACAAUUGUCUAGCCGGGCUUUAUAUCAUCAGCCUGUUCGAAUGAAAGAUCCCAACUCCAGAAAUACGAGCUCAUCAUUCAGCACCACCUUCGUGUUCGCAAUCAUUCCCUUUUCUUCUGAUCUUUCACGUAGCGGGCAGGGUAUGGCCUUUCUCAUAACACCCACCAAGUCUCCAGUGGAACAAUCGUCAUCUCACUUCCUCGGUUUGCUCAACAGUUCAACCAUCGGGAAGCCAUACAAUCAUCUGUUUGCCGUCGAGUUCGACACAAUCCUCAACAACGAAUACCUAGAUAUCAAUGACAAUCAUGUCGGUGUGGAUCUGAACGACCUCAAGUCUGUUAAGUCUAAAUCUGCGGCGUACUGGAUUGGCAGCAAGACUCAGGAAAUAGAUCUCAAUGGUGGAUACAACAUUCAGGCUUGGAUCGACUAUGAUCAUACCCUACAGGAAUUGAAUGUUACAAUAGUAAGAGCUGGUUCACCUCGACCCCAAAAGCCUCUUAUAUCUCUCAAAAAUAUGAGUCUGUCCAACAUAUUCGAAGAAGAAAUGUACGUUGGUUUCUCUGCAGCAACAGGAACUGUCGUUGAAGACCACUGUGUCCUCGCCUGGAGCUUCAGCACAAAUGGAUCUGCACCUGAGCUGGAUCUAUCUCAUCUUCCUUCCCUCAUUAUGCGUAAGGAUUCUAACUCCAGAUUUAUAGCCGAAAUUACUAUACCUCUGGUACUCGUCUUGUUGCUAAUGAUUGCUGCAGGAGUUUUUUGGUGGAAGAGAAAUAAGUAUAGAGACGAUACAGAAGAAUGGGAGAUGGAGUAUUGGCCUCACAGGUUUAGCUACAAAGACUUGCAUAUUGCAACCAAAGGCUUCCGAGACGAACAAGUUUUGGGCUGUGGAGGUUUCGGUCGGGUGUACAAGGGAGUCCUCCCUGCUAACGGCCUUGAAGUUGCUGUAAAAUCUAUCUUUAAAGAAAGCCACGAAGCCCUGAAGGAAUUCAUAGCAGAGAUUUCAAGUCUUGGGCGUUUACAGCACCGGAAUCUUGUACAAAUCAGAGGCUACUGCAGGAGGGGAGUAAAGCUAUUCAUAGUAUAUGAGUACAUGCCAAAUGGAAGUCUGGACAAGAUGAUAUUUGACAAGACGAAGAGUGUGUUGGCAUGGGCUCAAAGAUACAAAAUUCUGACGGACGUGGGCACAGGACUGCUGUAUCUUCAUGAAGAGUGGGAUAAAAGGGUAGUGCACAGAGACAUCAAAUCCAGCAAUGUUUUGUUGGAUUCUGAAUUUAAUGGCAAGCUGGGGGACUUCGGGCUUGCUCGUCUGUAUGAGCAUAGAGGAGACCCACAAACUACUCGUGUGGUAGGUACGCUUGGGUACAUCGCACCAGAGUUCCUACACACAGGAAAGGUCGCUCCUAGUGCAGAUUUGUUCAGCUUUGGUAUCUUGAUGUUGGAGGUUGCCUGCGGGAGGAGGCCAGUGGAUCCCUCUCUCGAUGCUUUCCAGAUAGUCAUGGUGGACUGGGUGAGAGAGUUGCAUGGAAAAGGCAAGCUCAUGGAUGCAGCAGAUCCCAAUCUUGGUGGUGAAUAUGCUGAAGAUGAGAUGGAAAAGGUGCUAAAAUUAGGAUUGCUGUGCUGCAAUCCUAAGCCGGAGGCGAGACCUGCAAUCAGACAGGUAUUGCAGAUAUUUGAAGGGGAAGCGUCUGUUCCCAGUUUUGUUCCUUAUGAGACGAAUGGAGGUAACAGUAGUUCAACUCCAGACACACGGGAAUCUUAUGCGCCAACUUCCAACUCUCUAGAGGGACGGUAGUGGAGAGUCUCUUUUGUCCAGACUUGUUGCCCAGAGGAUCCCUCCACUAAUUGAUGUAACAUUUAGUCCGAAAUAAUAUCUUAUUAUAUUCUAUUAAUUUUAACCAUAGCCCGCACCUCUGUAGUAUGUAUAUACCGUAAAAUGUGGCUGAUAUCUAUUAAAAAUAGGGUCCAGUAUUUGAUCUUCCUGGUUGCAGAUAUAAUUUCUCUGCUUCCACAAACUUGAGAAAAAAUUGAGUCUCAUUGCUGGAAAAUGAGAUAAUUAUGUGAUUCAAUGAAAACAUCGGAAAGAGGACCUGCGUGCCUUAAGGGGCCGAAAUUCCUUGUAGGAUAGUGUCCUGUUUUUCUGUUAAACAAACGGACAACAAUUGGUGGAUAGACUAAGGGUGUGCCCUGCAUAGAAAGUAUGUAGAGGUAAGGAAAAGAAAAAGCUUUAUAUAUAUGAAUGAAGUGUAAAGAGUUCUACCAAUAUCUGAGUAGAUUGAGGCUAUACAC